UCCGUUUCGGGGAAACGGAGGUCGCCGCGUGAGGCAAAGGAGGCAUAAUCUUACACCCUGGCACAAAUGACGUCACCCUCUUGUUUAGCUCCCGCAUGUAUAUAAAGUACACGCAAUCCAUGGUCAUUGUAUCCAUAAUCACUCCACACAAAUUCGAAUGUUACACUUUUCGCGGGCAACGCAACCCCAAACUUCAGAGGUUUUUUCCUCGUCUUUGCCAUUUGCAUUGUGCCACCCUCUCUCGUAAUAGGAUCGCAAGCCUGUGCGUCUCUUCCGAGCGAUGACGAGCAUUCUCAGCAGCGACUGCUGCGUCCGCUACAAGGUGUCUCUCAACAUGCCCGCUAUGCGCAAGUUCGCCAAGCAAUGGCGUUUGGCAUUCGCCACCAUCUAUUCCUUUCGAGCCAUCGUUACCUCCGCAAAGAUAGCCAAGAAAUUCCUUAAAAAGUCUCCUUCCUACACUUUGAUCUCCAUCCACGAUGAGGCUCAGAGCGCUCGUUCCGAUCAACCCUGCUCCUUCAGGAUUGAUCAGUCUCUGCUCACCAAGCUGGUUAAGGAAAAGGACCUCCGCCACCUCCAGGAAUUCGGUGGGGUCAAGAAAGUUGCCUCCACACUUGAAACUGAUGUCUCGGCCGGGAUAAGUGGCAACCCGGUUGACGUCUCUCGCAGGCAAAAUGCGUUUGGCAUCAACUCAUACAAGGAGCCGCCUGCCAAGGGCUUCUUCCACUUCGUGUACGAGGCUUUCAAGGACCUCACAAUCAUGAUUCUUCUUGUCUGUGCCGGGCUUUCGCUUGGGUUCGGGAUCAAGGAGAAUGGGGUCAAGGAAGGCUGGUACGACGGCGGGAGUAUAUUUGUUGCAGUGUUCCUCGUGAUUGCAGUGUCAGCCAUGAGCAAUUACCGGCAGAACCGGCAAUUUGAAAAAUUGUCUCGGGUGAGCGGUAACAUUCUCAUCGAUGUGAUAAGGAAGGGUCGGGGGCAGCAGGUUUCCAUAUUCGAGAUUGUUGUCGGAGACGUGGUUUGUUUGAAGAUUGGCGAUCAAGUUCCGGCAGAUGGGCUGCUCCUCGAGGGGCACUCCCUGCAGGUUGACGAAUCAAGCAUGACCGGGGAGAGCGAUCACGUUGAAGUGAACAGCAAUCAGAAUCCGUUUCUGUUCUCAGGAACAAAGGUUGCUGAUGGGUAUGCUCAGAUGCUUGUUACAUCAGUCGGUGUGAACACGACAUGGGGCAUGAUGAUGAGCUCCAUCAUCCGUGACAACAGCGAACAAACACCUUUACAGGUUCGGCUCAACAAGCUCACCUCGUCAAUUGGCAAAGUAGGGUUGGCGGUUGCUUUCCUGGUUCUCGUGGUCCUGCUGAUUCGCUAUUUCACGGGAAACACAGAGGACGAGAACAGGAAUCCGGAAUUCAUUACAGGUCAAACCACAGGUGACGAUAUCAUAAACUCCGUGGUGGGCAUCAUCGCAGUUGCAGUGACAAUCGUGGUGGUCGCGAUUCCUGAAGGCUUGCCGCUCGCAGUGACCCUCACUCUUGCUUAUUCAAUGAAGAGGAUGAUGGCAGAUCAGGCAAUGGUGAGGAAGCUUUCAGCCUGCGAGACGAUGGGGUCGGCCACCACUAUUUGCACCGACAAGACCGGCACUCUCACAAUGAACCGGAUGAAGGUGACGAAAUUCUGGGUAGGCCAAGAGUCUCUGGCGGAAAACACAUACUCCCGUGUCUCCAACUUCGUCCUGGAUUUGAUUCGGGAUGGGGUUGCUUUGAACACUAUGGGCAGCGUCUAUAGGCUGUCUUCGGGAUCAGGGUACGAGUUCUCAGGUAGUCCCACUGAGAAGGCGAUUCUUUCUUGGGCAGUUUCACAAUUGAACAUGGACAUGGAGGAGAUAAAGAAGAGCUGUGAAGUCAUCCAAGUCGAACCCUUCAACUCGCAGAAGAAGAAAAGUGGUGUCCUAAUAAAAAAGAGUGCGGACGACAUGGUCCACGUGCACUGGAAAGGAGCGGCAGAGAUGGUCUUGGCGAUGUGCUCGAGCUUCUACGACGGGUCAGGGGUAGAGAAGGAUUUGGACAAGGAUGAAAGGAUGAAAUUCGAGCAGAUUAUCCAGGGGAUGGCAGGAAGCAGCCUCAGGUGCAUUGCUUUUGCUCAUAAACAAGUCUCCAAGGAAGCGGCCAAAGAAAGAGAAGAUGGGAAGAAGAUCCAAGAGGAGAGCCUGACAUUGCUAGGAUUUGUUGGUAUUAAGGACCCAUGCCGUCCUGGUGUGAGGAGCGCGGUCCAAGCUUGUCAGGACGCGGGAGUGAACAUCAAGAUGAUUACGGGAGACAACAUCUUCACCGCUAAGGCCAUUGCUAUUGAGUGCGGGAUUCUCAGGCCCGGGGACGACGCCUUCAAUGGAGCCAUCGUGGAAGGGGCUGAUUUCCGCAACUACACACUCGAGGAGAGGCUUCAAAGAGUUGAGAAAAUCCUGGUCAUGGCAAGAUCCUCGCCUUUCGAUAAGCUUCUCAUGGUUCAAUGCCUGAAGCAGAAUGGCCAUGUGGUCGCUGUUACUGGGGAUGGUACGAAUGAUGCACCGGCCCUCAAGGAAGCUGACAUUGGGCUCUCGAUGGGCAUCCAAGGCACUGAGGUCGCCAAAGAGAGCUCAGACAUUGUCAUCCUCGACGACAACUUCGCCUCUGUGGUGACGGUGCUGCGUUGGGGUCGAUGCGUCUACACUAACAUCCAGAAGUUCAUCCAAUUCCAGCUCACGGUGAAUGUCGCGGCUCUUGUGAUCAACUUUGUGGCUGCAGUCUCCUCCGGCAACGUCCCCCUAACAGCGGUCCAACUCUUAUGGGUGAACCUGAUCAUGGACACGUUCGGCGCCCUCGCCCUGGCCACUGAACGGCCCACUAGGGAGCUCAUGGAGAAGCCCCCCGUAGGCCGGACAGAGCCACUCAUAACCAACGUCAUCUGGAGGAACCUUGUAGCACAAGCAAUGUACCAAAUGGCCAUUCUCCUCACUCUACAAUUCAAGGGUGAAUCGAUCUUCGGGGUUGACGAGGCGGUGAAGCGGACUCUGAUAUUCAACGCGUUCGUCCUGUGCCAAGUCUUCAAUGAGUUCAAUGCGAGGAAGCUCGAGAAGAAGAACGUGUUCGAGGGUAUUAAGAAGAGCAAGCUAUUCCUUGGGAUCAUCUUCAUGACGGUGGUCCUCCAGGUGGCGAUGGUCGAGUUCCUGAAGCGGUUUGCCGACACGGAGCGGUUGACUUGGGGCCAGUGGGGCGCAUGUGUCGGGAUCGCGGCCGCAUCUUGGCCUAUCGGUUGGGUCGUCAAGUGCAUUCCGGUCCCUGAUACACCAAUCUUUAGCUACUUGGGAUUAAAAAGCAAGAAGCUCGUGAGGAAAAUUGUGCAUAGAGGACAGUAGCAAUACUAAUUGGCCCUAACUCAAUGUUUUAUGUUGUAUGGGAGGAAAUAAGAGAAUUAGCUUGAAUUAUAAGCAAAUCAUGUCAUGGAAUACUGUCGGCUUGCUGCGUCUCUGGCCCCAUCAGUGUCCGACCCAGAUUGCAACUUCAAAUAUGAGCACGAAGAAUGACGAAUUCCAUGAGACGAGUGAAUUGGUAUGAAUUACGGACGUAGGCGAUGUCAAGGCAAGGAGCAAAUUCACAACGCAUAUCAUCAUAAUUUCUAAUUAACCAUCCCGCGGCUUGGAACCGAUCCACUUAUAGUCAACAUCAUGCGGAGAAAUCUGGUAGCUUAGGCGUUAUACCGGGUACCAGUCCUUUUGAUAGUGCAGUUCAAGGAUGAACAACAUCUCUUGUGUCAGGUUAUGCAACCUAUUGAAUUCAAGGAAGCUUGACGAGAUCAAUGUUUUGAAGGGAAUGUUUGCUUAGCAAGAGAAGCCUGAUUCUUAGUGAAAGGAAUUUCCCGGUUGGUUAUGUGGCUGAGAAACUCAAUGUAUGCAUAUGUUGUGACUUGGGUAAAAGGCCAAGAGUU